CGACGGUCCACCCUGGCGACGGCCUGCGGUCACAUCUUGUAACACAGAACAUGUAGUGAUUUUAUAUCACCUCCAAAUCUACUGACAAACCCCCAUGAAUCAAUAGGAAGUGGAUUUGACAGGUACCUGUGGUAGCAGACUGUCACCAUGGCAGAUGGCUUUUUAAUGGAGGUGUGUGUGGACUCCGUGGAGUCUGCUGUCAAUGCUGAACGAGGAGGUGCAGGUCGACUUGAGCUAUGUUCCAGUCUUCUGGAGGGAGGGCUCACUCCUAGUCUGGGUCUGCUACACGUCGUGAAGCAGUAUGUCAAAAGCCCGGUCUAUGUGAUGAUACGACCCCGCGGGGGCGACUUCCUGUAUUCUGACCAGGAAGUGGAGGUGAUGAGGAAGGACGUAGAGCUAAUGAAGAGCCAAGGAGCUGAUGGACUUGUGCUGGGAGCCCUGACAGAGGAUGGACGGGUGGACACAGAGCUCUGCAUGGAGUUACUGGCUGCUGCUCGUCCUUUGCCCGUCACCUUCCACCGAGCUUUUGACAUGGUUCAUGAUCCGGCGGUAGCUCUGGAGGCUUUGAUAUCAUUAGGGUUCCAGCGAGUGUUGACGAGUGGCUGUGACAGCUCUGCUUUGGAGGGACUGCCUCUCAUUAAACGGCUCAUUGAACAAGCUAAGGGGAGAAUUAUCAUAAUGCCAGGAGGGGGUAUCACAGAAAGGAACCUGCAGAGAAUAUUGGAGGGCUCGGGGGCUCAAGAGUUUCACUGCUCCGCCCGCUCCAGUAAGGAUUCCGCCAUGAAGUUCAGAAACACCUGCGUGACGAUGGGGGCUUCGUUCACAGCGCCCGAGUACGGCCUGAAGGUGGCAGAUGUGAGCAAAGUCCGGACUCUGAAUGCCAUAGCCAAAAAUACCUUGUGAUCUGGAGUUUGGCAAUCACGACAAACAAAUUACCUCAGAAGUGAUCAUUUAUUUUCGUAGGUACAAGUCCAAUCGCUCAUAAUGGGUAGAUUUAUUUCUUUUUCCAAAUAAAAUCACUAAUUACAAACGUUUAGCGAUGUUGGAGCUCAGGAACCCUGCAACCCCCGUAUGUCACAGAGCAGAGAGCUGUGAAUAAUUUACAUGGAUUUUUUUUUUUAAACUUGUAUGUGCGUAUGGGGACACCAUUGUGCCGAUAUUAUUUUCAGAGUUGUGAAUCCCAAUGUGGGUUUAAUUUGUGAAUGCCAAAGUAUCCUGAGUUGAAUGUGUGUAGAGAUUUGCACAGUUUUCCAACAUGUAAACUAACCUGUAAAAAAUCUGUGAGUCUGAGCUCAAGGCAAAAAAAAUAAAAAAUUAUAUGCUGACAGAUGCUCACAUGCAGUUCUGAGGCACAGAGGGAGUGAAGCAGAAGUUUGGUGUGAAAAACAACAAACCGUAGGGUUCUAGCUCUAGGGUAGGGAAGUUUUCAGUUUUUCUGGUUCUCGAAGCUCAGCACUUAGUUUUCAGUCACGAUAAAAGAGCAUUUGUUUUAACUUUUUUUUGAGCAUUUAAAGAUACAUGUCUGGAAUUCACACCUCGGGACACGGUUUGACAGCUUUUACAUAUGUUUGGAAAUAACAUUUCCCCCAAUACCACAUCUGUAUUUCUGGCCUUAGAAAUACUGUUACACAGCACACAACAGAUUUGCCAAAUUUGUUUCCUUAGCUCAAAACAAACAAAUUCUCUCAGCUGUUGAUUUUAGAACCGCAUGUCAUACUGUUUACUUAUAUGACGUAUUUGCAGACGCCCCCAUUCACAAGAAAGAUAACGCAAAGGUUGAGGGAUCCUGUGCUUUUUUCUUUUGUCUGUGCAAAGACAGAAAAGUUGUAACUUGAUUAAUUUUGUUCAUAAUGUAAUAAAGUCCAGAAAUUAUAACUCUUCCACA